AUGAAGCAACCCCAAGGUUUCCAAGAUUCUGAGCAUCCUAAUUAUGUGUGCAAAUUAGUCAAGUCCCUAUAUGGUUUAAAACAGGCACCUAGGGCCUGGAAUUCUAAAUUCACAACCUAUUUGCCUACAUUGGGAUUUGUUGUCUUAGAUUCUGAUACUAGUCUUUUUGUCAAAACACAAGGUGCUGAUGUAGUGAUCCUUCUACUCUAUGUCGAUGAUAUUAUCAUUACUGGCUCUAGUUCCUUCCUGGUACAACAAGUGAUUGAUGCUUUAGGAGAAGUUUUUGAAAUGAAGGACAUGGGACAGCUUACAUUUUUUUUGGGAUUGCAGAUUACAUAUCAAGCAAAUGGUGAUCUGUUUAUAUCUCAGUCCAAGUAUAUUCAGGAUUUGUUGAAAAAGGCUGGUCUUGAGUCUUGUAAACCUUGUUCUACUCCCUGCAAGCCUCACACUCAACUACUCAAAGAUGAGGGUACACCAUUGCCAGCGCCAACUAUGUUUCGAAGUUUGGUAGGAGCACUUCAAUAUCUUACAUUUACUCGUCCGGACAUUGCAUAUGCUGUGAAUUAUGCUUGUCAGUUUAUGGCUACCCCAACAGAUGUUGAUUUCUCCCUAGUUAAAAGGAUCCUACGAUAUCUUCAGGGCACUGCAGCUUGUGGUCUUACCUAUUCUGCCAGUUCACAGUUACACUUGACAGCUUUUAGUGAUGCAGAUUGGGCCUCUGAUAUCAACACAAGGAGAUCUACCACGGGUUAUGUUGUGUUCUUAGGUCUUAAUCCUAUAUCUUGGCAAUCUAAGAAGCAAGGGGGGUAUCUUGAAGUUCCAGAGGCUAAGUACAAAGCCUUAGCUAAUGCAGCUGCAGAUAUGGCUUGGGUCCGAUUGAUUUUGAAAGACUUGUAG